AUGAGUGUGUGGAAGAGACUGCAGCGGGUCGGGAAAUCCGCAUCAAAAUACCAGUUCACAACUUCCUACCAGGAACUGGAGGUUGAGUGUACCAAAAAAUGGCAACCCAACAAAUUGUGUGUGGUGUGGACGAGGAGGAGUCGACGGAAAUCUACACAGCCUCACACCUGGGAACCAACGAUUCAGAACCCAUACAGAGGCCUGGUAACAUGGACAGUGCCAGAAAAUGUGGAGAUACAGGUCACACUGUUUCGUGAUCACAAUCAUCCAGACUUUGAGGACAAGGAAUGGGUGUUUGCUAUUGAAGAUUACUCACGCGGAGGUAGAAGGAAGAUACUUGCCACUGCACCAAUCAAUAUGAAGGACUUUGCGACUCAAGUUCCAACCCAGCAUACGAUGAAACUCAAGCUGAAGCCCAUCACAAGAAAGAUUGUAUCAGCUUCCAUACAGUUUACUCUGUCUUGUGUGUUUCUACGGGAGGGGAAAGCCACAGACGAGGACAUGCAGAGUGUGGCCAGUAUGCUGAGUAUUGGUCGAUCAGAUAUUGGUAAUCUGGAGGAACUUGAAGAUGAAGAUGUCGAAGAGAAAAGCUUCUCCUCAAAAAUAUCGGAGAUAACGUCAGAAUUGUCUAAACUCGACGACAUGGAUGACGGUAAUCCGUUUGAUGAGGAAUAUAGUAAUCCCUUUUACUCCGACUCCAAUCCUUUUGGUGACCCUGAUCUGGAGUGUACUGGUGAUCAUGAAGCAUGGUUUGAACCUGUAAAGAAAAAGCCUGCGAAGAAGGAGAGUCUGAAUCCGUUUGAGGAUAGCGGCAGUUCAGAAGGUGUAGACAGUAAGGCUGGCAGUACAGAGGGAGUAGAUCAAAGCAGCAGCAGUAAAUUGGGCAGUAGUACUGCUCCAAGUAAAUCUAGCAGUUUAGAUUACAAUCCAUUUGAUGAACCUACCCCUCCUGAUAGAGCCAUGACCAGCCCACUCUCAGAGAGGCUUGUAAACGAUGCACAGAAACACAGUCAACAAAGUACACCACAGAAAUUCAAUACACUGCCAUCAAAAACAAAACAGAGAGCCCCCGCUCCACCUGUUCCACAUAAUGGUGACUCCUCCCCAAAACACAAACCUCAGGCAAAGUUAAAGACUUCCAGGUCGGAACACUCAGCUAUAGAGAGACCAAUAUACGAAGGUACACCACCAUCUACACCGGAAACAAAGCGCAAACUCCUGCGACCUAUAACCCCGCCUCCUGAAGGUCAACAAGAUUCCAUGGAGACUUCCACAGAAUUCUCCUCCACAGCAUCAAGCCCUAGUAAACGGUUGUCUUCUGAAUGUUCUCCAGUAAAAGGUGAAAACAGAAAUGUAUUGGAAGCCUUGGACCUCAAUCAGAAUGAAUCUCCAACACACAACAGUAAUAGCUCAAGUCAGAAUCUACUGGACUGGUGUAAAGAGGUCACUAAAGGUUACAAGGGGGUCAAGGUCACCAACUUAACAACAUCCUGGAGGAAUGGGAUGGCUUUCUGUGCAAUAGUUCAUCAUUUUAGACCUGAUCUUGUGAACUUCAAGUCUUUGGCCUCUCAUGACAUCAAAGGCAACAAUAAGAUUGCAUUUGAUGCUACUGCCAAACUUGGAAUUCCACGUGUGAUAGAACCCUCAGACAUGGUGCUACUCCAGGUCCCCGACAAGCUUGCUGUGAUGACUUACCUUCACCAGUUACGUGUCUAUUUCACCGGACAAACUCUCGAGAUCCAACAAAUCGGUGUGAACACUGCUGAGAGUACAUACACUCUUGGUGAGAUGGAUCGGCAAGUUGAAGCCGAGAUCUCCAAUGAAAUGUAUGGUGACCGAACCCAGCCGAAGGUUGCUAAACAACGUUCUCCAUGCAAGGAGAAUAUCCCUAUUGGGGAAGAAACAGACAAUAAAGGUGACACAGUUGAUGGUGGAAGACGGAGAAGAAUAAGUAAGGAGAAAACUCCGGACACUGAAUCUAGUGCUUCCCAGUUAAAAAACAGUAGAGACAGCACACCAGGGACUGAUCCUUCAAGUGACUCUGAAAAAGUUGUCAACAAAACAGGACGGAAAAAAGUCUCUGCCACAGAGAUAAAAGUGACUAAACACAGUUCUCCUCCUGGUUCUAAACACAGUUCUAAGGAACGUGAUUCUAAUACAUCUAAAGAAGAUUCUUCCACAAACAAGAAACCUGUGAUGACACGAAAACAGCUCUAUAAUCCUUUUGAUUCUGACACAGAUGAUGAGGAGAUGAGUAGCGAAGGACCUGAUGCUGCAUCCCUUGCUGGGUCCUCCAUACCCACAAGUAACUCAACUAGUCCUUCAGUGAGUGCACACUCCUCUCGAGGGGGCACACCUGCUGAGUCACAUAAAAGUAUUGUUGAUAAACCGGUGGCUACAAGUACUCCUGAUAAGGUUACAAAUCGAAAGUCCCGUCAUGAAGAGCUCAAGGAGAGGGCCAAGCUAUUACUUGAACAGGCACGGAAGGAUGUAGGCCUUGAUCUCCCUAUACGACCCGUUCAAAAGUCACAAGGAUUAGAAACAACAAAGGAAGCUCCAAGAUCUCCAGAAAAAGAAUCCACACAAUCUACACCUUCACCUUCCAGUCCUACACAGAGUAGUGAAGAAAAACAGAAGCGGUUAAGAGAGCGAGCAAAGUUAUUAAUAGAAGAGGCUCGAGCCAGUCUGGACCAAACCAAGUCUAUAGAACGACAAUCCAGUACAACAUCUGAUGGGUCAUUGGACAGUGAUAAAGCAUCAGUUUUAAGGAGGCCUAAAGCGAAGAGAAUUACAUCUUCACAACUAUUUGUGAUGAAAAGUGUGACAUUGGAUGCAACUAACCGAGAAGUUCCAAAAAAACUUGAUCUAAAAUUGAAGAAGUUCAGUGUGAAAAGAACUGACCUGGUAUCACAGCUGUCACAGGAAAAAACACCAUCCCCACAACAGGAGGAGAUAAAACCAGUCAAUGGAAGAAAAGUCAUCACACCGGUGUCACCUCUCUCCUUCAGUGGAGAAAUCUCUAUUGAUGGGAGUGAAGGCUCUGGUGAUACACAUGACUCACUAGACUUGGACGAGCUGAUGAGUAAACGUGAUGAAGUGAGUAAUUCUGACAAUGAAGUUUAUCUGAACUUACAGGACACAAAUCAGUAUGUACACAGUGAGAUGGAGGCUCUAGAGCGAGAACAAAAACAGAUUGACGAUGAAGCUCAAGGUCUAGAAAGUCAGCUUAGGGUCGUCAUGGCAAAAGGUAAAAAUAAAGCCUUAGAAGAAAAACUGAUGCAGGAGUGGUUUUUACUUGUCAACAAACGCAAUGCUCUCAUCCGCCGUCAAAUGCAGCUCAAUAUACUAGAAAAAGAGGAUGAUUUGGAAAGACGUUUCGAGUUGUUGAAUCGGGAGCUACGUGCUAUGAUGGCGAUUGAAGAUUGGCAGAAGACCCAGGCACAGAAACACAGAGAAAAGUUACUGUUAGAGGAACUGGUCGCCAUUGUUAACAAACGGGAUGAACUUGUUCAGCAUCUUGACACACAAGAAAGAGCGAUUGAGGAUGAAGAGAAGUUGGACCAGGUGGUGUCCGAGGGGAAGUUUCUACAACAAGAAAAGCAAUGCUGUGUUCAGUAG